CGUCACUACGUAACGUAUCAAUGUGUACGGAAGUGUUGCUAGAAGAACCAUCAUCUGCUGUCAAGCAGUCCACUCUUGUUAGGAAUACAAGGAGAAAAAAGAGUAUAACAGACAUCUCUGACAAAGAUCUCCAGCGUGUUAGAGGAAGUCGAAAAUGAGUUCUCAGGAUGUUUUGAAGAACGCGUCCACUUUAGCUUCAUACAAUGUGCUGCUGCAGGUGAUGUUUCGUGUCCUCACAUUCUUGCUGAAUGCAUUCACUUUGCGGUUCGUGUCUAAAGAGCUGAUUGGAGUUGUCAAUGUCAGGCUCACUCUUCUAUACUCCACAUUAGUAUUUCUAUCCAGAGAAGCUUUUCGGAGAGCCUGUUUGAGUGGGGUAUCAGGGACAAACUACAGCUGGAGACAAGUUAUCAACCUGCUGUGGCUGACGUUGCCUCUGGGUGUGUUAUGGGCAGCUCUGCUUGUCUCUGUGUGGCUUUGGCUCCUGGAGGUCCCAGAUCCCAAAACUAUUCCUUACUAUGGCCCUGCAGUGGUGUUGUUUGCCCUGUCAGGAGUGCAGGAGCUCCUGGCUGAGCCCCUUUGGGUCUUGGCUCAAGCUCACAUGUUUGUCCGACUAAAAGUGAUCGCUGAGAGCUUAGCAAUGAUCGCUAAGUGCAGUAUAACUGUGGUGAUGGUGAUGUUUGCCCGUGAAUGGGGCCUUUACAUCUUCUCUGCUGCUCAUUUGGUGUACACAGGAUCCCUGGUGCUGUGCUACAUUGUUUACUUCACUCGUUUUUUGGGCUCCAAAGAAGCAGCCAAGAAGAGUUUCCCUCUGAAUCAUAUUGGAGAUGUGUUGCCUGGUAGAGCUGAUGGAGAGCCACUGGUUGAUUGGACUCUGGCCCGGCUCACAUGGAGCUUCUUCAAGCAGUCCUUCCUGAAGCAGAUCCUCACAGAGGGGGAGCGUUACGUCAUGACCUUCCUGAAUGUCCUCAGCUUCGGGGAUCAGGGAGUUUAUGAUAUUGUCAAUAAUCUUGGAUCCAUGGUUGCUCGAUUCAUCUUCUUGCCUAUCGAGGAAAGCUUCUAUAUCUUUUUUGCCAAAGUGCUGGUGAGAGGACGUGAUGUCAGGAGUCAAAAACAGGAUGAAGUUGCAAUCGCAGCAGAGGUCCUUGAGUGUCUGCUGAAGCUGGUGCUGGUAGUCGGUCUGAUCAUUACAGUGUUUGGCUACGCCUACUCUCACUUAGCUCUGGAUAUAUAUGGCAGCUCUCUACUGAGCAGUGGAGCAGGGCCCACCUUGCUGCGCUGCUACAGCGGCUAUGUUCUCCUGCUGGCUGUAAACGGUGUCACUGAGUGCUUCGUAUUUGCUGCCAUGAGCCAAGAAGAGGUUGACAAGUAUAACUUUGUGAUGCUGGCUCUGUCUGUGUCCUUCCUCUUCCUUUCCUACAUGCUGACAUGGUGGGCUGGUGCUGUGGGCUUCAUACUUGCAAACUGCCUGAACAUGGGCCUCCGUAUUGUACACAGUGUUCUGUACAUACAUCGCUACUUCCAGAGCAGUCAGUGGAAACCUCUGCGAGGCCUGUUACCCUCCCGGCUCCUCAUGCUGGCACUCGCUGUCAGCCUUGUUGUCACAGCUCUGUCUGAGGGUUUAUUCUGCUGUGACGGCGGCUGGUUUCUGAGGCUGGUCCACAUCGUCAUAGGAGCACUGUGUCUCCUCAUUGUGUUUGUCACUGUUCUUCUCACAGAGACUCAGCUCGUUCAGUUUGUAAGGACUCAGCUCUUACCUCAAUACCGAAAGAAACACACUUAAAUAAGACUGUGUGUGUGUGUGUUCACUGGACUGGAAGAAAACUUCUGUUUCACUACAAACAGGAGAUACUGAAGAACAGUUACUGACUGUACCAAAGCAACGAGGGAACAGCUCUUUGUUAGACCUCCUUUAUGUUUCUGUCAGUGGGUGUGAAUGUGAGUGCAUUCCUGUGUGAAGACAUAUCUGUCAGGGAGACUGAUCUAAUUUAGGUUGUCAUAAAAAAAUGAAUGUAUUUCAAGAAACAGUUGAUCCUGUUGAAUUGAUAAUUUUCUUACACAAUAAAACAGGGAUGCCUUUU